CACACCCCCACCCCCUCUGGCACACAAUAAUCACUGCCACCGAUGGCCAAACACUACACGCGUUAAGCCUAUGGCGACUGCGCGUAUGGUUUGACUGUUUAAAACCCAUUGCAAACUCAUGAUAAUCGGUUGACCGCGAGAACUAUCGCCACCGGAUCUACUCAUCGACACCACACACUCCAAGACAUCACUCACAUCCCAUACCCACCGAUAGAUAACUCAAGACAUGUCCGCGAAUCAGGCGGUGAUGCGAAGGGGCGGCGAUAACGCCGUACGAGAGGAUCCAAACGCUGGACAAGCGGUUGAACCGCAAGCGGAUCCACAGCCGCCACAACCGCAAGGCUCCAGAUUCUGGUCAGUAGCGCAGGGAUUGAUAUUCCGGGCGCUCAUCAUAUACUUCAUCACAUCGUUCUUUCGCAAGUCAUCGACACCGGCGACGGGCGGCGCCGGUAGUGGAGGUCUGGCCAACACUAAGCCCGCCAUCUCCUCAUCCAAUCUCUUCACCAACGGAACAGUUAUGGAUCUGUUUCUCUACAUAUGUGAUGACGAACUCAAACCAGAUUUCGAUGACAAACAGCAGUUGGUUUGGCACGAGUCGGGUCUGGUGUACGGCGACUGGACGUCCGGCCCCACGGGGGACGGCAUAUACACGAAGGACGUGUCCGUUGGUCUAUCGCCGUCGGUACAAAACAACGGCACCCUAUGGCUGCACAUAUACGUAACGAAAGCGGGUCGCGGCGGGCGCACGGCCUACCCGAGC